AUCAAGGUGCUAAAAAUGCCGAGAUGAUUUCCUUCUGGAAUUCAAAUCAUGAUCGACGAAAUCACAUCAACAAACUGACAUAUUAAAUCAAGCAUGACUAUAAACGUCCUUAUCGUCGGCGCAGGCGCAGUUGGCGCAUUCUAUGGGUCCCGAAUCGCUCGAGUCCAAGAUACACAAGUUUCCGUUAUAUGUCGAUCAAACUAUAAAGCUGUCGUCGCCAAUGGCUUCAAUGUCACAUCACCGAAAUUUGGGGAAUACCAAUUUAUCCCGCAUCAAACAUUUUCCAAUCCCCAAGAAGCACGAGAGUCAGAUGAAUAUUGGGAUUUCAUUGUCGUAAGCACGAAGGCACUUCCAGAUGUUUGUGAUGAUUCCGAGAUUAUUGAAGGCCUUGUAAAAAAAGGUCAUACAUCUAUCGUGUUGAUUCAAAAUGGUCUUGGCGUCGAGGAACCAUAUUCGAAAAGGUUCCCAGUGUGUACCAUCUUAAGUGCUGUCACGAUUGUAAGCGCUGAACAGUCUUCCCCAGGUAUAAUUAAACAUAAUAGAUGGACAAGAAUAAGCAUUGGUCCAUAUUUGCCCGGAGUUACUGAAUCAACGAAGCUGAAUGAUGGUGAAAAGAUUGCUGUUAAUCGAAACAACACAUUUGUGAAGUUAUUAGAGGCGGGAGGGAUCUCAGACGCUCAGGAGUUCUCGCAUUGGAAGCUUCAAAUGGUUAGAUGGCACAAAAUUGCCAUAAACGCGAGCAUGAACCCCUCCGCUGUCCUUUCCGCUGGGAGCACGAAUAAUGACAUGUCACUCGAUCCGGAGCUUUACAUCCAUUUGAAAGGUGUUAUGGAUGAAGUGUUGGAAACAGCUCCAAAGAUAUUGGGUACGAAACUACCCGAGGAAUUUGCAACCUCCGAGCAGCUGCUGAAGAGCACACAAAAAAACACGAGCGGGAGUAAACCGAGCAUGCUGCUGGAUUGGGAGCAAGGGAAGACGAUGGAGCUUGAGGUUAUCAUGGGAAAUCCAAUCCGGAUCGCGAGGAGCCACGGGCUAGAAAUGCCGAAACUACAAACACUGUAUGCAUUGCUGAGGAAAGCUCAGGAGAAUAGGAUGAAAGCGACAGCGGGGAGUAAGCUUUGAGCCCUACAUAAAGGAUUGUAGGUUGAGAGCUGUAGAUAAUACAUCAUAAUAUCUGGGCUAAUUAUUACAUGCAGUAUUUCCCCCAUUAUCAUAUAAGUCUUUGGUUCUAAUCUAGCAUAUAUCAUUAUUGACUGCAAAUGUUAAUAUUUAUGGUUAUGUGCAAUCAUAUA